AUGCGCGUCGUUGGCCAGCGGCGCGGCGCGGCGGCGCUCGUGGCCGCUGUCCUCGUCGCGACAGCGGCCGCCGAGUGGACACUCGACGUCUCGUGUCCCUCGCAGCGGUCCGUGACGCUCACGGUCUCAGACCUCACGGCGGCGUACGAGUGUGCAGACCGCACGAACGCGGCACAAAUGGGCAGCGGCUACUUUAUGGUCGACGUGAACGUCGAGACGCUCGUACUGGAGCUCAAGCGCUCGAGCGUCGACAUUUUAAACUUUUCCUCGUCUGCCACUACAAAGCCGUCGAUAGCAGAGGCCGAGCUGGACUUUCGCGACUUUGAUCACCUCAAGAGCUUAAUAUUUACAAACGUAGCAAUGGACAGCGUCGAGCUACUGGUCCCAAACGUCACGACCGAUGUACGCAUUGUCAACUCGGAUAUUAACGAUCUAUCGCUACCGUUGCCAGGAGAGGCGUUGACGCAGAUUGACUUGAGUGGCACGAGUGUUGCGAAGCUACCAAUGUUCCUUUACGAACGAGAUCUGCGCAGCAAUGUGAACAUAACGGUGGAUUUUUCUCUGGUCAAUGGCGAAGCCGAGCUCAGUACGAAGCAGCUGAACGCUUUGGAAGAAAACCUACAGACUUUCUCGGCACAGUCUUGGGCACGCGAGUAUAGUUUGAGCUGCAACAUGCCGGAGAUAUUGAGCAUGACGGUUCCUACUGGAAGUGCGACAAAGACGAUAGUGUGCGGUACCGAAAGCGCAUCGCCUGACAUGACAUCUGCGAGUGAUCGCUCUCCUAUCACUAGUACGAAUAACUCGGGUGCUGGUGCGAGCUUUGCCGAUGAUAGCAGUGGUGUAUCCACAGGAGUUCUCGUUGCGAUCAUCGUUGUAGCCGUCGUGGUCGCUGUGCUCCUCGCACUCUUCCUCUUGCGGAUGUACGUGAAGCGCAAGGCUGCCAAAGCAAGUUCCCCUCGCAACGACGCUGCAACGACGCUGAUGAGCAAACGCGAUGCUGCCAAUAAGAGUUCGUUCAUCUCCAACGACGAGUUCUUGCGGAACUUCCGGCUCCCCCAGAGCGAUGUCGUACUCAUCAAAUCUGUAGGCACGGGCCGUCUCUGGAUAGGCGAACAUCAUGGCGGAAAAGUGGUCUUGAAGCGUGUGGAGUCGGAGGUAACGGACUCGCACGUAACAAAAGCGCUGAUGGCGCAGGCUCGAAUGUUUGCUACUAUCUCGCAUCCGAACAUUACGUGUUUGGUGGGGGUCACUUGGUUGGCCGGUACGGAUUUCGCGGUGGUGACUGAGUUCAUGGACAAGGGCAACCUGAAGACUAUGUUAGCAAACACGGACGUGGACUUGACUAUCUCUACGAAAUUACAAAUGUGCAGCGAUGUGGCGUUGGCGCUCGCAUAUUUGCACGAGUCGGAGCAGAAUCUGUGCGCAAGACAGUUGUCUAGCCAGAAGGUACUCGUCAACAAGGCCAUGAAGUGCAAGCUUAGUCUUUUCGAGUGCGUCCCGACCUCUGGCAAACUGGGAUGCCCAAACGCCGCGUAUUCGUAUGGUAUGGGCGAGGUUGCAUGGUUGUCACCCGAGGUGAUUACCCGGUCGUGUCCGAUGGACGCGCGGAAGAACAACGUCUACGCCUUUGGUGUGCUUGUCACCGAAAUUUUUACGCGAGUGUCACCAUACCAGUCGCUGAUCGAGAUAAUGGGCAACACGAUGUCAGAUAUAGAGAUUGUAAAGCGCGUUUGGCGCCAGGAGUUGCUGGCACCACACGACAACCGGCAAGAGUACCUUGUAGCGCCAGCAAGCGUACAGCAGCUGGUCGGGCGGUGUCUUUCGUACGCACCUAUGAGCCGACCAACGGCGAAGGAUAUCGUCGAAGUCUUGGACAGCGCGAAGAGAGAAUUAGCGACGGGCAGUAUUUGA